UUGUCAUCACAAAAUAGACCAAGGAAAAAUAGGUCUUUGGCACAGAUUUUGGCAUUAUAUGGCGUGUUAUCCAGUGAAUUACAUAUUUUGAGUGUAAACGGAUCUCUUUUAAACUUAAAGUUUGCACAGUCAGGCGUGUGUUAAUUGAAGUUGGCUAAUUGUAGUUGGUUAAUAAUUAACAGCCUGAAACAUGCAAAACUACGCAGAGGUGAUCAAGGACUUUGUAGAGAGCCAUGCGACCGGUCUCACGGUUGCCUUUGUUGCAGGGGCAGGCUUGCUGGCCUUGCGUAGGUGGAUGGCCGGGGGAGUGUGCCGGAGCAAGGUCAGGCUGGAUGGGAAAACAGUCCUGAUCACAGGAGCCAACACUGGCAUUGGGAAAGAGACGGCCCUGGAUAUGGCCCAGCGAGGCGCCAGAGUGAUCCUAGCCUGCAGGGACAUGACCAGAGCCCGCAUUGCAGCUGAUGAAAUCCGACAGAAGAGUGGGAACGGCAACGUGGUGGUGAAGAAACUGGACCUCUCCUCGCUGCAGUCAGUCAGAGACCUAGCCAAAGACAUCCAGGAAAACGAGCAACGCUUGGAUAUCCUCAUCAACAAUGCAGGUAUCAUGAUGUGUCCUAAGUGGAAGACUGAGGAUGGCUUUGAAAUGCAGUUUGGUGUCAACCACCUGGGACAUUUUCUCCUCACCAACUGUCUCCUCGACCUGCUGAAGAAGUCGGCUCCAAGUCGCAUCGUCAUCGUCUCCAGUCUGGCACAUGAGAAAGGUCAAAUUCACUUUGAUGACAUCAACCUGGAUAAAGAUUACAAACGUGAGAAGAGCUACCGCCAAAGCAAGCUGGCCAAUGUGCUCUUCUGCAGAGAGCUGGCUGCAAGACUGAAAGACACCGGUGUGACAGUGUACAGCCUUCACCCUGGGGUCAUCCGCACAGAGUUAGGCCGCCAUUUGUUCCCUACUUUAUCCCUGUGGAAGAGGGUCAUAGCCAAGCCAUUUUUGAUGCUGAUCAAAAGUCCCUGGGAAGGAGCCCAGACCACCAUCUACUGCGCCGUGGACGAGAGCCUGGCAAACGUCAGCGGCCUCUACUACAGUGACUGUGCCCCCAAAACGGCGGCGCCGCAGGCCCUGGAUGACGCCGCAGCCAGGAAGCUAUGGGACCUCAGUAACUCCAUGGUUGGUCUGGCUUAAACGCAUCGGCCCGCCCUGCUUUCACCUGACAUUCCUCCUGCUGGAGUCAGUGGCCCUGUUUACAUGGGUGGAAAAAUGACAGAAAUUAAUUUUAUUAUCUACUAUGCAUAAGGGCAUUGCAUUAAUCAAAUUUUUUUUUUUACUUUUCCAAGUCUUUUAUAGCUGAAAGAUUUGAUGAUGAGUAAAACAAUUUGCACUAAUUGAUCACAGUCAGUUGAUUGAAUGUUAAAAGUAGGUGCACUGAUUUAUCUUUAUAUUAUAGAAUGUAUAUUCUGCAUACCUAAUAAUUUGUGCUUUAUUGUGUAUCUACGGUGUACUCAUAUAUCCUUAUUAAAACAAGGUUAUACUUG